CUAUUUACCAUAUACGUAAAGACACCAAGAAGGAGCUUAAUUAGACAAAACAAUGAAGAAUAUCAGAGAAAAUUUUGGAGCCCAUGUUGUAGCUUUACCUUAUCCAACUCAAGGACACAUAUCCCCCAUGCUCCAAUUUUGUAGACGUUUAGAUUCUAAAGGAGUCAAGGCCUCCUUAGCGAUCACUAAGCACAUCUUCACCACCCUAAAACCCAAAUCAGAUGGCCACGUUCACCUUGUAACUGUAUCCGAUGGCUACGACGACGGCGGCUUUGUGGAGGCGGAGAGCAUAGCCGCAUACCUUGCCAGCCUCGAAACCAACGGGUCCGAUACCCUAGGGGACCUUAUCGAGCAACAUGCGAGUACUGAUAACCCCAUAACUUGUAUAGUAUAUGAUUCAUUUUUUCCUUGGUGUCUAAAUGUUGCUAAGAAAUAUGGACUAUUAGGGGCAUCAUUCUUUACCCAAUCAUGUGGGGUAAAUUAUGUAUACUACUUGGCUCACCAUGGAAAGCUUUCUGUGCCGGUUUUUUCUCCGCCGGUAGAUAUUACAGGGUUGCCGCCCUUGGAUGCCAGUGAUCUACCAUCAUUUUUGGACUCACCGGAGUCGUACCCGGAUUACUUACAGUUGGUUUUAGACCAAAUCUCUAACGUGGACGAGGCUGAUUUUGUGCUAGUGAACACUGUUUAUGAGUUGGAGGACAAGGCUGUCGCACACAUUGCAUGUAUGUAAGACUAGUAAGAUACAAUACCACACACCCAUGUGCGACGUGCCAUGUCUAGAUGCAGAAUAUACUUGUCAAGCGAUAGAAGUAUAAUGUAAUAAAUCAAAUGUUAUAUUUACAAUGACAAAAUAGUCAUUAC